CAAUCCACUUCAAAGGUUCCAUUAAACACAGCCAGAAGAAGGAAAAGCUUUGUAGAGAACAAAAAAAAUGUCAGCCUCGGCCAUAUUCGGGUUACAGAUGGUGGUGUUGCCGCGUUCAUCAACUGUUUCAACCACCGGAUUCACCGGCGGAGCCACCAGGUUGGCGGCGGCACCGACAAGUGUUGGGGGAUUGGUAAUUGAGUGCUCAUCUAGGCCACAGAAGAAGGCCACAGCUCACCAUAAGAAGACACGUCCACGGAAGACUCAAGCUUGGGAUAUUCGACGUGGACCAGCUGUUUAUGCUCCGUUGCCUCCCUUACCAUCGGAGUGGUCAUUUGCCAGUGAUGAAUCAGGUCAACCCGCUGCCGCCGGAGCUUCAGAGUCCGACGCCAAAUCUGAGUAAUUUUUCUGUAAUUUUAUAAUUUGUCAUUUCGGCUUUGUAUAAUGGUGUUUUCCGUUUGAUACUUUGGGGAAUUUUCGUCCCGUUCAAAUUUGCAACUUGUUCAAUUACAGUCUUGGCGCAAUUUUGAAUUGAAUGAUGCUCUGUUAAGUGAUUAGAAAUGUUUUACGUUAAGUUUUUAA